AUGGAGCCAGAACUCUCGUCCCUUCAAGGUGUUCGUCUUGAACCUCACCCAACUGCUCGGAACAAGGCUGUUACAAGCAGGUCAUUCUCACCGGGCGACUGCAUCUUGACGGUCAGGGCGUUCGCAACUGCUCUUAUACCAUCCUUCAAGGGCAAACGCUGCGACAGGUGUCUGCGCUUAGAGUCAUCGGGGAUCGAUCUCAAGAGAUGUUCUGGAUGUGCAUCAUACUACUACUGUGGACCUCAAUGUCAAACGUCGCAAUGGAGCGCGCACAGAUCAUAUUGCAAGAACAUCCAGCGCUUUCAAGCUUCUGCAGAGUAUCAGAAGAUGGAGACUCACGAAAGGAUGGAUUCUAUGCUCCUCACCCACCUACUUGCAGAGCUGCGGUCGAACCACACCGCCGAAUGCACCCAACAACUAUCGACGUUCCUAUCCUUAUUGCCUAGACCAGAUAUCGCGAAUCCGCCCCCUAUAUGCGCCAUGAACGGUAGAGCGGGCACUAUACCCGAUGUAAACGACCUGUUUUCUCGAUUCUCGAAUAACAACUUUGCCGUCCAUAGCCAUCUGACAACGGUUGCGCAUGGGGUCUUUCCGCUCGCAAGCCGUUUAUUCAAUCAUUCGUGUCUACCCAACGCCGCCGCCAGAUACAUCCUCUCUGAAGAUGCUGCUCCCAGAAUGGAGAUUGUAGCCCUUCAAGACAUCGGUGCAGGCGAAGAGAUCUGUGUCCCAUACCUUGAUCCCGCGUUGCUCCAAUCGCGCCAACAAGGCUUUCAACUGACAUACGGGUUUACUUGCACAUGUCCAUCCUGCUCUGUCCUCGACUCAAUAGGUCGGGUGCCUCCGCCGCCUUCGUCCCGGGAAGAUCAGGAAUCCCUAGCUCGGGCCUUACGCACACACGCCUUCCCCACAUCACCCACCUCGACAUCGCCCGACUUUGUCCUCCCGGCAGGCCCCCGCACUCCCCCUGACGUGCUGCUGGCCGCCCUAAACGAGUCCUAUCUCACGUCCUUGUCGGAGUCGUUCAGCGCGGCGUCACACGAUGGCCCUUACUCGGACGCCCUGAACGUCGGGAUGACGCUUCUCGCUCUGUACUGCACGAUAUACCCACAGAAUUACCCGCAGAUCGGCGUACAUCUGCUGGAAAUGGCAAAGACGGCGUGGAACGCAUUCGUCACCGCGGACCAGAACGUUGCAGACGGGGCAACGCGGACGGAAAACGCGGGCCUCGUGGACCGCGCUCAGUUGUAUCUCGGGCUCAGCCGACAGGUGCUGAACGUAUUUGGUCGCGAGGGUGAUGAUGGAGGGCCGCUUGACGAGAUCGAAACGUUACAGGGCCUACUCAGCAAUGUGUAGUGAUGUCAGCUUAAUCUAUCUAACUUUCUAUAGUGUAUCUCCAAUGCAUGCGUCAAAGGCAUUCAAGCAGCUUCAUAUGACAUUUCAUUUGAGCUCAAUAGAACGCAAGUGCAAAUCUAAUGCAUUCUUCCCAU